UAGAACAGCCACACAAAGGCUAGCAAUUAAUUUUAUUAGAUGAUUGACCCAUGUCAAGCGUAUGGGUUGAUACAGUAGAAAAUGAGGGGUAUUAGCUAGUUAAUAGUUAUCCCUACCUAGGUACCUACAAUAAACACACAAGCUCAGAUCACCAAAAAGAACGGAAUACGUGCUAGGUAAAAUAUGGCGCCACCCGCCCUUUGCAAGUUUUUCGCGAAAGGAAAUUGCACGAGAGGAGAGAAAUGUCGUUAUUCCCAUGAGAAGACUACUACUACACCUCGCAUUCCUGGCUCCCAGAGGAAACCAUCCAAGACCGCAUCUCUACCUUCAACGAAAGAUCCUCGCUCGCAGAUUCCAUGCCACCAUUAUGCUAGAGGUAAUUGUCGAAACGGGAGUAACUGUCCAUACUCUCAUGUUGCACAGAAAGAGAAUAAGAUGGACCUCGAUUUAGAACCUGAGGUUUGCUCCCUGAUACUAAAUUUUGCUUCCUUGAUACUAAUGAAUGCUAGGAAAAACCAAGCCAUGACAACUUCACAAGACAGUUUAGUGGUGCACUGGCUCAAUUCCAUGUCGGCGCGCAAGUAUCUAAAGUCACCCUCUCGACAGACUUUUCCGCCGCUCGAAUCGACGGGCUACCGACGGACAGUACAUCUGAAUCUGUUUCUUCACUUUUGUCCGAAGAAGGAAUACAGAUCAUACCAGAAUGUGUGAGAGUCCGACAGCAAAAUAGCACUGCAUCAGCAGAUAUAAGAGUUGAUGAUCCUACCUUUGCGACGAGAUUGUGUUCGAUAUUCAGAGGGAGAAGUGGGUUGAGAGCUAGAUACCCAAAAAUAGAAGCAUUUCAUGUUUCUGCUGGAUUGCCACCGGGCACAAAUGCCCAUCAAAUCGAAUGCAAGAAGGUUCAGUGCUCUUGGUAUAAGCCUUACAAGUCGGCAUGGCUUUAUUUUGGAAACGAAGAUAUUGCAAAGAGGGUAUCUACCAAGUUCAAAUCAAAAAUUUACAACGUUCUUGGUCAAACAACAAUAUGUAACUCACCAAUAGCAAGCGAAGGACAAAGAAACACACUGACCUGGACGCUGCUUCUCCCGAUGCUGCCUGCUACAAUCACGGAAAAAGACAUCACUUCUGCUAUAACGUCACGACAAGACAAGCCUCUAAGUGUAAAACUAUCAGCCCUCAGCUAUGAGGUAGAAGGAGAAGAAGCUAGUGCUAUUGUGAUGUCCCUGUUAUUUCAGACUGGCCAAAUUGAAUGGAGCCAGAUCGGUACAGAGGUAGAGGGAAACAAAGGUUCGUUGCAUUAAAUUUUGGUUUCUUUACGCCUAAUACUAUCCCCUAGUUUCAAGCCACAGUCUUUUUCUCCCUCUGCAAACUAUUUUUCUCUUUAUUUCCACCCGAAAUUUUUCCUGUCAUGUGCAAUUACUAAUCCCUAAAUCUACAACAGCAAAAGGCGUUGCUCGAUACUACGAGGAAUCUGAUGCAAGAGCAGCAGUCGCUACGCUAGACAAUACGCCUUUACCAUUCUCUCCCGCUUUGAGCUUGACCGUUCAGCUUAUUAGCAGCGCGAAAUUCAAGGUCUCGAGCUCGAUUUUCAGUGCCGUGCAAAGUCGGAUUCGCACUGCAAGCCAAGUUUGGAAUGAAAAGGAUUUGAAAUUUAAGAUCUAUCCCAGUGCUGGUCUCAGAAACCAAUAUAGGGUUCUCAGAAUUGAAGGGGAGGUAUCGAAAGAGGUGGCGAUUGCAAAGGAGACGUUGAAUGAGAUACUGGAUGGAAUCACGGUGAUGAGUGAUGGAAAACCUUUAUGGACUCCUUCUCUAACCAGCAAUGGAUCCGUCUUUCUGAGAUUAAAGGAAACACAGCAAAAGCACGGGGUCAUUAUCGUGCGGAACAAAAGAAAGCAAGAGCUCAAACUGUAUGGCUCGAAAGAAAAGUGCAAAGAGGUGGAAUCGAUUAUCACAAACAUUAUCAAUGCCGAACCGUUUUCUGCCUACAUCAUCGAAUUAGAACCCGAAGACUACAUUUGGGCAUGUAAUGGUGGAUUUAGGAUGAUUACUGCAACACUUGGAAGGAAUAUCGCCAGCUUUGACAUUAUCUCUACGCCAAAGAGAAUAUUGAUCGAAGGUACAGAACAUCAAUAUAGGACUGCGUUGAGAAUGAUUAGCAAGAGAGAAUCAAACCCGGUUUCCCGGUCAAUCGCCGCCAAUGAGUCUUGUGCUGUGUGCUGGGAGCCGCCAGAGAGCCCAGUUUUAACCAAAUGCAAACAUGUAUAUUGCUCCGAGUGUUUCGAACUAUCUUGUAAUGCCGCUAGCUCUGCCGGGAAAGACUUCUCAAUCAAUUGUCAUGGCAACAUGGGAAAAUGUCAACGGACCUUUAGCCUCGAAGAACUACAAGAGAUUCUGUCAUCCAAGGCAUUCGAAGAUAUUCUGGAAGCCUCCUUCUCAACUCACAUUCAGCGUAAUCCGCAGGAAUUCCGCUAUUGCCAAAAACCGAAUUGCAAUACUAUCUAUCGUGUAACUAAGACGAUGCAUUUCAAUACUUGUAUCGAAUGCUGCACAGUAAUUUGCACAUAUUGCCACAAGCAACACGAGAACAAAACAUGCGCGGAGUACGAGGACGAAAUCUCAGGAAACUAUGAAGCAACGCUGGAAAAGAUGAAGAAGAUGGGGAUCAAGGAAUGUCCAAAUUGUAAGACUCAUAUUGAGAAGACGAACGGGUGUAAUCACAUUGUGUGUAAUUGUGGAGCACAUCUUUGUUGGGUGUGUCUGGAAACGUUUACGGAUUCCGGCUUAUGCUAUAAACACUUGAACUCAGAACAUGGGGGAAUAUUCGGGCUUGAUUUUCUGUAUCGUUUUCAACGCUAAGUUCCGGAUGUGUUGGGUUCGGCUGGAGGAAUCAUAUUUGGACACCUCUUUUCCUGUCGCAAUAUCAAACUCAUUCGACUCAUAUAUUCAUUAAUAUUGACUACGAUUUUCCCGGGCUACCUUGUAUUUUAAAAUUCUCAGAGACAUCCUUGGAUGAUUUAAUUGUCAGACAUUAAUCCUACA